AUGGAGAAAUCGCAAAUUAAAGCCCGGCCCCAGCGGGAGAUGAAGGUCCUCGCAAUGGGUCUUCCCCGGACCGGAUCCGCUUCCCUGGCCGAAGCACUAGAGAUUCUCGGUUACGACGGAGUCUAUCAUGGCGUGAAGGCAAUCGACUCACCGGAAGACUGGAAGAUCUUUGAUCGCGCUGCCGAUGCCACGUUCCCCGUCCUGCCUGGCUACACGGGCAAGAGUUUUACUCAGGAGGAGUGGAACGAGCUCUACGCGCCAUACGAGGCCACUACGGACAUGGCCUCUGUUUUUGGGACUCACCUCAUCAAGGCUUACCCAGAGGCCAAGGUGGUCCUGACAAUUCGGGACUUCGACAAGUGGUUCAAGAGUAUGGAUGAGAAUGUCCUGCAGCAACUUUGGAGUCCGGCUGCCAAUUUCUCCAUCAAUGUUAUCGAGCCUAUUCUUGGUUCUCGUGCUGGGCCAGCCUCGCGGAAAAUGAUGCUCGGGUUGCUCCAGGCCAAGAACGUGGAUGAGGCACGCAGCAAAGCAAGAGAGGCAUACGAUAGACAUCAUCGCGAAAUACAGGAGUGUGUUCCGGCUGAUCAGCUGUUGCUGUACCGUAUGGGCGAGGGAUGGGAGCCGUUGUGCGAAUUCCUCGGCAGGCCUGUACCGGACGUGGAAUUCCCGAGGGUCAAUGAGGCUGCCGCUCUGAAAGCGAAGAUAGCGGAGAAGGUCAAGAGGAACAUAUCCAGUGCGGCUUUGACUUUGGCGCCCUAUGUGUUUGGGGUUGGAGCACUCGGUAUGGCUUACCUUGCGGCAAGGUAG